CUUUGAACGAUUUGUAGGUCUCGACUUCAGGUUGUCCACAUGGGGUGUCACAAUGCAUGCAAAAGUCUUUGUUUGCUGGCACAUUUUUUAUUCAGUCGACUUGAAUGUCACAGAUCUGUUUAAAAUUACCUGGUAAAAAUAGAUUUGAUAUUUGGAGCCUGGAUGGUAUGUGCAAAAGCAGCAUUCAUGAAGUCUCCAGUCUGAUGGUGCUAAACAAUGAACUGGGAUAGAACUGGUCUUGAGCGUCCCAUGCUUGAAAGAGGCAACGAACGGGAUUGGGCAGUCAGGCUCGUUUACUUUGUUGAUGCAUUCCAUUUUGCAAAGAUUCAUGAUGCUUGGUUAAAUCUUCCGCUACCACUGAUCAUGUUGGUUAGAUGAGUUAUAAGACUGUGCAGGGAUGGGUUAAUUAUAUUCAGUGACAAAAUUCAACAAUGCACAUGUUUGUAUGUCCUUUAGGGGGGCACAUGUCUAAGUAGCAGUUCAAACAAGAUUUUCGAUGAUGACAAAGAUGACGAGUCUGAUGCGCUUCUUGCUGUUGACCAUUCCAGUUUUUGGUUUGGGAAAAUGGAAAGAUCUGCUUUCAAGAUGACAAUCGAGGCAUUUGUCUGAGAAAUCCUCAGUUUGUACAGGGCAUGAUUGCAAAAUUAUUACUUUGUAACAAUUGUUCCCUAAGUCCAUGAGCUUUAAGAAUAUUGGCUUCGCAUGUCCACUUGGCAACAGUGGUGAAGAAACUUGGCCUUGAUCAUGGUUACUUGCUUUAGCCUAGACUGACAUUUAGUCCCAGAAAUAAAAUCCUAAAUUUCAGGGGCAAACCAAAUCUGCAAGCUGAUUUGUUGGAAUUUGUCAACAGUCAUGUUUACAUGCCAUUCAAGUACAACAGCAUAAGUCUGUUCUAAUUUGGAAGGAUCUGCUUAAUGUAAACCUGAAAGGUGGAGGCUUACCUAGCUCGGCAGUGAACAUCUAUGCAGUGCUCAAAGAUGACACCACACUGACCCUGUUAGUAACAACCUGAAACUGUCUUGAAAGAGCAAGCUGAGAGGUCAUGUAAUUAUAUGGCAUUGACAUCAACUGCUUGUCAAGUUGUCAGUAGUUCAAGUGCACAUGCAGAGGAAAAUGGACGACACUUCCUAGAAGUACUUACUCGGGACCACCAGGAGGAAAGUCUUGCAACAAGAGCAGACAUCCUGUCAGGAAUUUUAACAUUGUUGUGCCUUGAACGAUUGCUGUCCAGUGAAAACAUGUGUGAUGUCUGUCCUGCAGAACUGAUGCUACCUUUGUUACAGAAGGUAGAAACUGAAAAAGGCAGAGGUUUAAUGCUGUGGGUGAAGUUCACAGAACAGGAAAAGGUAACCUUGACCAACACCAGCAGCAGUCUACACGGAUCUGCAAUUCUAUCAGUGGCUGUAGUCUUUCCUUUGAACCUGCUCGUUUGGUACCCAAGGUUUCUAAAUGGAACUUCCCUGAGCCCACUCUCCCAGAUGCAUGGGAAGUGUUGGCUGCAUGCUGUGGUAUGACACUGACUGACAAUAAAUCAAUGAAGUUACAA